UCAUCGCCAGCAGUCGCAUCGCAUCAGUUGGUUCGGAAGUUCAGGAAGUUAGGAAGUUGACAAGCCAGUUUUCCAGAGCUCGCAAUUUCGGUUUUCCCGCGCGUAUGCCCCAUUCUUCGGAUCGAGCUGUGUAUGUUUCUGUGUACUACUGGGGUAUGUCUGUUGUAGGUGUGUAUAAUCUACUGCUUCUAGCUUCGAGAAAGUGGGUUUGUUAUGCUGUUUCUUCAUCUUUUUUCGACCAGUAGCAGGAGCAGCAUCAACAUCAGUGUGUGAAUUGCGGUUAGCGAAGUUGCGCCUGAAGGGAAGAGCAGUUUUCUUUCACACAUUUCCCGCUUUCGGGGGUCCACAGUUCCAGAGUGUUGAUUUUUUGCGGUGACCGGUGAAAGUUUUUCCGAUUGAAGAAGAAUUUCUUGGGGCCUUCGGUUCAUUGAGGAAGCAAAACGGGAGGGGAAAAAGUCUGGUGAAAAGUGGCUGAGUUUGGAGUUUUGUUUUUUUUCCUUCGUCCUUUGCCUGAGGAAACUCGACGGGGAACGCAGUAAAGCCGUGAGAAUUGUGAGUAUUCGUCUUUCCGGAGCAAGGCCGAAGAAAAAUACCUACAGAUCGGGUGUCCUUUUUUGGGACUGAGAAGCAACCGGAAGAAGAAACGGACGGAAGGAAGAAGAAAAAUCAUUUGGAUGCUGUGAAUUCUCGUUUUGUUUCUUUUUUUCGUCUGCUGAAGUGGCUAAAGAAGAGUGUUGAUAAAAAGGAAAUUGCUACGAGUUGUUCAUUUUCUUUCUUAGCAAACAUAUUUAUUGGUGAUGAGAAUUGAAAAAUAUUUCCAAGGAAGUUCAACGACUUGGUUUCCAAACAAAUUUUCCGCGCAAUAGUUGAAAAUAUCUACUCAUCCAUUUCGUAGCUGAGAUAAACAAGCGCCAAAUGAAAAGUUUCUUAAAUAGAUAAAUAGCUGAAAGAAGAGUAAAUAAGGAAAACGAGUGGAACAAACUUUGCAACUUCAAUUGCGUAGAUAAUUACAAAAAAAAGUCUCAGUCAAACCAACAAGUUUUUUCCCGGAACGAAAAUCCCGGAUAUAAACAACAGCAAAGCGGAAUAAAAAGGAUAACUCCCCCGUAACAUAAGCGGAAUGAAAAGAGGGAUCAGUGGCUGGGAAAAUCUCCCUGACUAAACUUUUAUCCGCACCAUUCGCAAGUGUUUCGGAGUGUCACCUUUGAGAGGUUGAACGAGGGGUUGGCGGAAAAAUCAGAGCCCCAGGAAGUGGUGCAAUUCCCCGGAAAACGGAAAAAAAUAUUCGAAGUGAUUAAUUUGGGAAAGAAGAAUUCCAAUUUGACGAGUGGUGGUUUGAAAAGUUCAACGGAAAGUUUUUAUUUACAUCUCACGAGGUUCAGGCAAUAGUGAGCCGGAUUUCGUUAUUGGCAUUUCUCGUUGUGAAGUGCGAAAAAAGUGGCCAAACGGAACAAAUCAAGGUGAAUUCAUUAAUCAUUGCGCAGUUGAGAAAGAAAAAAAAAAUUUCUGGAAAGAAUUCUCAUUUGAGUAGAAUCAAGAAAUCAAGAAGAGACAUUGGAAGUGGAUGUUUACGACACCUGGCCAACAGGAGGAAAAAUCCAUCACAAGCAAGUGAAUUUUGAGAGCAAAGAAGCACGAAAUUAGUUCAACUCACGCUGCACUAAUAGCCGCACUAACAACUAUCGUCGGUAGUCAGGAAAGUUUUUCACCGGUUCGUUUGAGAGGAAAGAGUUGAAGAAAAAAACAAGAUACACUCUGGAGAAAAUUCUUCCCUUUUCACCCCCAACGUCGUCCAUCGAUUCGAACGAAAGCGGAAAUCUAAACUACUAAUUGGAUUAUAAAUAAGCCGGAAGUGAGCGAUCGGAUUGAAUCGAGCGAGCAGCAGGAACACACGCAGCUGGAAAAUCAGUAGUUCUCGGAAACUGGUACACGGGAAAUUUUAUUGAGGUUGGUAACAGAACAAUGAAUAAAUGAAGCUGCUUUAUUUUGAACAAGAAGCAGGAACACGAUCUGUUGACAGCGACAGUGCCGAGUAAAUUCGAGACGGGGACAGGCUGUAUCGAACAAAAGCCGAAAGCACCCAAAGGAACGAACGCACACACAAAAGCACAAUAGCUGGAGCUAGCUAGCAAGCUUUGUUUGAACUGUUGUGUUUGUUGCUCGCCGGCGUACAUAAUCCGGUUGCAUACAUCCAGGAGACGGCGAAGGUUUUCCCGUCAGCAAAUCAGCGGUACCCAUUCAUAAAGAAGCAUUUGGGCGGGCAAAUACGACCGGCUUUAUUCCCUCCGUGUGUUUCAAAAGAAACAAAGGCACGCAACAAACCCCCUACCACCUUCCACAUUCCUCCCCCUGUUCCUCCGCACAUAAAUGCUUAGCGUCGACACACUGGCGGCGGAUGCAAACAGACUUCAAUCGUUCCCAUCGUCAACGUCAACGGCAGUUUCGACGGCCAUAUCCGAGAACCGAUUCCCGGUUGACGUCCCGGGGACUUUAAUUGGCGACGAGGAGGAGGAAGACGAAGCUCGCCUCAGUCCUGGGCUGUUGUACGGUCGAAGAAACAACAGCAGCGCCCCCAGCAGCAGCAGCAGUCCCACAAGUUUGCAUCAAGUGGUUUCGCCCUCCUGCCAACAACGGAAUUGUCGUGGGAACGGAGCUACUACUAAUACUACUACUGCUAUAGUUGUUCCCGAGGACAACCGCAGCAAUCACAAGGAAAACCAGGAGGACCAGGACAUAGAGAUGACCACAGUUGCUGCAGUUACGGCAGCGGCCAACAAAGCCGUCGCCGCCCUGAUGGAGUACCGUCAGAGACAGCAACAGCAACAGCAACAGCAACAACAGCAACAGCAACAACAGCAACAGCAGCAGCAGAACAAUAAUCACAUGGUCCAGGGGAUGGGACCGUUCCCGGGAGCUACCGGAUAUCCACCACAAGCGACCCAGGCCGGGCUCACGGCCGCCGACAGUCUCUCGGUUCAGCAGAUGGUCAAAGGUGGUGGCGGGGGCGUUGCCGGCGGAGGUGGAGGACUCGCUUCGGCCCUCGGUGUUUCAGAUCAUCCGCUUAGCAGCCUGAAACAACACCAGGAACACCAACAUCAGCAGCAGCAACAACAGAUGAGCCACCACCAGCAGCAACAACAGCAAGCGGCCGCAGCUGCCGUGGCCGCCGCUCAACUCGCCAGCUCACAGUCACUCAGAAAUACUGUCAGCCAGUACAGCUCCCCAUCAGUAUUAGGGGCGCCGCCGCCCACAUCGCUGGCCGCGGUCGUCUCCUCGUUGCCGCCAUCGUCGCUGCAAACCGGCCUGCCCCCGCCGCCGCUGGUGGUAGCGGCCAGCAGCAGCAACAGCUCCGUCGGCGCCACCGGUUCCAGCAGCCCGAUUAGCAGCGGCGGCUACACAACGGCCGGCGGCGGAACGUCGCCCUCUAUUUGCUCCUCCUCGGCUGGGGCCAGUGCCAUCACCGCCGGAAGCGGCGGAGCGUCGUCGUCGUCUAUCGAACAACAGACUGUUAGUAUUAAGACCGAAUUAUUGCAGCAAACGGAACCGGAAACGCAAGUCUCAAGUGCCAACAACAGCAACAGCAACAGUAGCAGUACGACCCCCACAGAUGCCAUAAGCGCCGCCGCCUCGUUAGCAGCAGCCGCAGCCGCAGCAGCUUCGUCCGGCAGCAGUAGUCCCGGUGCCAUCAGCAGUAUCAUGACCUCCUCCCAGGGCAGCAGUACCCUCACGACGACCGUGGCCGCUGGUGGGGUGGUCGCGACGGCGGCCCAGGUGGCCGCAGCGACCUCCCAGCAGCAACAGCAACAGAGCGUGGCCGCAGCCGUUGCCGCGCUCACCGAAUCCUCCAAAGCACAACCAAAGCGACUACACGUGUCCAACAUACCGUUCCGAUUUCGGGACCCGGACCUGAGGUCCAUGUUUGGGCAAUUUGGAACCAUACUGGAUGUGGAAAUUAUCUUUAACGAACGGGGCAGCAAGGGAUUCGGUUUUGUAACAUUCGCUAAUAGUAGCGAUGCGGAGCGAGCACGCGAACGUCUUCACGGCACUGUGGUUGAGGGACGCAAGAUUGAGGUCAAUAAUGCAACCGCACGAGUUCAAAGUAAAAAAGUCCCGGCUGUGUCGAGCGUUUUUCUGACGAAACCAGGUGCCGUUGCCGCUCCUCCUCUGGCAGCAGCCGUUUGUGUCCCGUGGCCACCGGAAGGUUACCGUCUCCCGAUGUCAGCGUGGCCCUGGUUAGGAGCCACGGCGGCCACCAUCGGAGCGACAGCUGCCCCCACGACAGCCUCCCUGGCGGCAGCGGCAGCCGCAGCAGCAGGAUCACCGGCAUCGGCGGCCCACGCAGCGGCGGCAGCAAAUAACCAGGCCGCGGCAGCAGCGGCGGCCGCAGCAGCCGCCAACCAGAUACCAAACGCGGCCGUUGCCGCCGCCACCUCGCCGCUGUUGAUAGCCCAGGCGGCCCAGCGGGCUGCGGCCGCCGCCCAGCGACGAAGUGUAUAUUUCGAUCCUUACCUGGCAGCAGCGGCGGCAUCGGCGGCGGAUCCCAACUACCGUCUACAGGCGGCCAAACCGGUGACGGAAGUGCCUGCUCAGCCGGCCAUUUUGAACGCUGCGACACCGCUCCUGAAGACUCCCCUCUCGCAGGCCCAGCAAGUCUACAACGCUGCGACCUACACAGCCGUGGCCGCUAGAGCCGCCUACGGGGCAGCAGCGGCCGCUCAGCCUACGGUUGCGGGUUACGUCGCAGGAUACGGUCGUGAAUACGCGGAUCCCUACUUGGGUCACGGAAUCGGACCUGUUCCCGGCUAUGGGGCCACCAUGUACAGGGGAACGUACAACCGUUUUGCGCCAUACUAAGUUAAGAGAGAAAAGCAGUAGUUUUUCGAUCAUCCCUUGUACGGUGAUCGAUCGCUCCUCAACAACUUUAGAUUUAAACCGGAAUCCCGUCAAAAAGGGGCAUAAUAGUAGACUCAAAGUUGCUCAUUACACAAAGAUCGCCCACCACAACACCCCCUGGAAUCCGUUGAUUCGAGGAAUAAUCCCCACUUCCCCAAGGCUUGGUUCAGCUGAUCUGAUCUUAAACCGGAAGCGUGGAACGCUGAUUGACAAACCAUAACUGGAACGUGUUAUCAAGGAUCGAUACCAAAGUUGUAGCAGAAAAAAAGGAAGUCUACAACAAAAAAAAAAACCACUCAAAUAUCCUCUAUUUACGUAUCGUAUAGGCAAAGAUUGAACCAUUCUCACACGCGCGCAAACCGAAGCUCUUCUAUUUAGUAACAGUAACAACUCAGUAACAGUAACAGAAAUCAAAUGCAAAGGGAACAUGACACAAAGCCGAGAUAAUUACCAAGCGGAAGCUCCCUUCCCCAAUUUUCCUAGAUAGACAGUAGUGCUGUAGUAGGGUAACCUACAGAAGGAAGAAACCACAGACUCAAAAAGAAUAGAACUCAAGCUCCAUUUGUUUUCGAGAAUCUGUUAUUCUCUCUUAGUUACUUUUUUCCUAAGGUCUAUACAGUAAAUGUAUAGCGAGAAAAAAAUCAAUCAAGUAAUAUUGUGAGUUACAUCAUAUUAAAAUAGGGAAUCAGCUUCCGCAGCAAAUAGGAUAUAUCUAAGUGCAUUCAACAGUUACUCAUCACCAACAGAAGAUACUCAGAUAGUUAGUUUUUUCAGUGCACAAAAACGGCAAACGACACAGAAAAUAGUCUCCAAUUAAUCGGUUCUUCCGCGAGAAGUUUUUUUUUUAUUCUGUAAUGAAUUUACACUCCGUUUCCCACUAUCGGUUUAAGGGAAGAAUUCAAUUAUUGUCAAAGUGUUGAAAUUAUAUGCUCAAAUUAUUACGUUUUUUUUUUUUGAAAGAGUACAAAGCAUAGUAAAGCCGUCAGAAGAUUGUAUUAUGAUGUACCAAUUUAAAAAAAAAGUUCAAAUUAUUAGUUGAACACUUUAUGAAUUUUCAUACUCUCAAGAGCUUUGUUGCCGAAAUUAUGCAGGAAAAAGUAUAUGAUUGAAGAAUAAACGUCAUUGUGAAUUAAAUUUUCCACGUUUGAAAGCUGCUCAGCUCAGAUUGUCUAGAGCCUUAAAUAGUGCGAGAAUACAAAACUGUUCAGAUUAAACUAACAUAAUGAACAGCUUUAAGGAAAAAUUGAAUGAUCAAACAGCUUAAAAAUAACAAUAAGUGAAGUUUAGGAUCCUUCUACGAAAUGUGUAAUCCGAUUGAAGAAAUUUCGUCGAAAUCUGUGCAGCGGAUCUGAAUUUUGUAUUGAAAUUUUGAACUUGAACACAAAUUUUUUAUCCUAAAUUUUGAAAAUCUGGAAUCUUAAAUUUCAAUUUGAAAUUUGGAUUUUAGCUCAGGAACAUGAAUUUGAAAUCUAAAAACUCAAAUCUGAAAUCAGAAUUUUAACACUAUAUGUUUAUUCAAAAGUCGAAAUUCAAAUUGGGAUUAAAAUUUUUUAAUCAUUUAAAAAAAAAAAAUCUGAGUUUUGAGAUAGACUCAUGAAUCUGAAUUUUGAAUCAGAAUACUGAUUUCUAGUUCGGAUCUUGAUUUUUGUAUUCUGGGUUUUGAAUCAAGAGUUUUGAAUCUGAAUCUGAACUCUCUAGUUUCAAAUCCUGAAUCAAAUUCAGAUUUACAGUUUGAAUUCAGAUUUAAAUUUCUGAUUCAGAUUGUUAGUAGAAAUUUCAAAAGGUACAUACAUCAGAUUCUUAUUCGUAUUUAAACUCUGAAUCGACUCUGAAUGUUAACUCUCGUUUAAAGAUUCUAAUUUUGAAUUCAUAAUCCUAAAUAAGGAUUAUUAUUCUUAAUUUAUCUUAAGUCAGAAUAUAAAUUCGUUUUCUGAAUUCUCAGUCUAAAUUUUUAAUGUGUCUUCCCAAUCUGAAAAUAAUUUUUUAAUCUAAGCUCUAAAUUUAGAAUCUGGAUUAUUGAUCUUCUGAAACUUUUUUCAUCUAAAGUCUGAAUGUGAAUUUUGAAUCUGCAUUCUUAAUUUUAGAAUAAUCAAUUUUGAAAUGAAAUUCGCCUCAUUGCAAAAUUUCAAUACACAAUUUCGAAAUCCUGAUGCAGCUUUUGAAAGAAAAUUUACACAAGUACAUUGUAAACCGAAAAUAGUCAAAAGUUACUCAAAAUAACCUGUGCGAACGUUUGAACAUUUUUGUAUAAAUUUCAGUCACACAUUUCUUGAGCGAUUUUUCUUCUUUUCAGAAGUAAGAAAACUUUUUUGAUUCAAUGCGCACAGUUGAAAGUUCCCAUUUUCGAAUUUAGGUACGUCAUAAAACAUGCAAACCAAAAAAAAAAUUUACCAAGCAACUCAAAGCACUCAAAAAAAAAGAAAAGAAACAUAUUAUUUUCAAAGCUGAGUUUUAACAAAAACUAACUUUACUAACCCAGUUAAAAUAAACCACACAAAUAAAUCAGGGCAUUCUAUUUCUGUAAGAUUUUUUAAGACUUAGUUUACUACUUUAAGGUUUGUUCAAGUGUAGGUACAUUUUGCUAUUGUUUUUUUUUUCAAUUGAAAAUCGGCUUCCAGAACAAAAAAAAACUAAUCCAAACAACUUCCACCUCAGCCAGUUUUUUUCGUUCGAUUGAAAAACGAUCACCUUUUAAGCUUAGCACUCACAUCACAGCUUAGUAAGGCUGGAAAUUUCAGUUCGCGUAAAAAGUAGGUGAUUACCAAAAGUUUGUUAGGUUUGUUGUGUCGUUUUACCGAACAUCUAAUUUUAAAUUUUUCGUUUCCGUUCCGAGGAGAGAAAAUUGCGAAAGAAACCAAUAGGUCACAGAUGUGACGGAUAAGACCCUUGAACUACACACUGAAGGAAACAAUGACGUAAAUCUUUGAGGCGGCGCCAAUUAGUAUUCCUAUUUUUUCGAUAGAUUUUAUGCAGUCUUCUAAUUGCAACUUUUGUACACGCACACAGAAACAAUUAAGUAGUAACCCAGAAUCACCCAUUCAGCUCCCAAGGAGAGUAACAACAGGGACUUCCUGCACCCAAAAAAAAAGUUAGAGGAGGAAGUAUGAAAAUAUUUAGUGAAAAAAAGGAAUGAAACAAUUGGCUCAAUAGGAAAUAAUUCUAAACCUUAGGUGACACGGAGAGAAAAAAAAUACCAACAAACAAACCAGUACUAGAAAUCGAUCGGUUCCGGAUCGGAAAAAGGAAAGCAAAACCAAAACACUCUAGCGAGUAAUGUUAGUUAGUAGGACGUGAGGGCGAAGGAAGAAAAACCCGUAUAGGAACUAAUCCACUUUUUAGCGCGCAACCCACGCAAGGAAAGGAGCCCCCAAAAUAUAUAUUAUACAUAUAUGAAAACGUGAAGUAUAUUUAAUCGUAGAAACACACAAACACAAACAGACUCUCUGUCUCGCUCUCAAUCGCGAGAGCUGAAAGCGCCAAGUCUCUCUAAGAACGUGUGCGCGCGCCCAGGCCAUAUUCGAUUUUAAGGUCAGUUUAAGCAUACACAAACAUACAAACAAACAAAAGAGCGCGUUCACGCUUCUCCAAAUUAAGCGUGGAUGUGUCUUGUUUCUUUUUUAUUAUAACCUACUACUUUUUUAAUUGAUGAUAAUCUUACCAACUAGAAGAUAUGCUGAGUAUCGUGUUAUACAUUUUAUAUUGGUUAUAUAUUUUAGUUCUCAGUUUCUACUCAAUAUAGUGUUUUUUUUUCUAUAGGAAAUAUUCGCUAAGCCACACAUAUUACGAAGCAAAUGAACAACUAAAUCUAUAUAUUCUAGUGAUAAUAUUGUAGAAUCUUCGGUAGCCUUGUUCUCCCACAGCAGCUAUAAAAGAAGCCAAUAUUUCGAAUCGAGCUUAUUCUGCUUUUUCUGGAUUUUAGUUAUUUUUCUAAACGAUGCUAGAAAGAUGAAACUAUAGAAAACAAACAAGAAUUAAACAACCUACAACCAGUGAUGAAGUAAAAACGGCUCUCCUUUGAAUUAAGUCGAUACGAUAGAAAGAAAAGAAAAAAGGAAAAUGUAAACCAGCCACCUCUCGUGUCAUAAACUACCUGAAUCUCUAAUUAAAUAAAAAAACCUAUAGAUUCACACACUAGGAAAAGGAAAAACCAAUCGAUUUGAUGUACGAAAAAUCGUUGUAGCUUCCACAGGUUUAGUUUUUCAAUAACGAUAAAUAGAAAAGAAAUGAAACAAAUAUAAAACUUUGAGAUAAAAUUCCCUCAUGUAUACAACAACAAAAGAGAAAAAAAAUGCUUGUAAAUAGUUGAGUGUCUAUAUUUUUGUCUCCCUUCCUACUGUCCUUUGAAAAAUUACGAUUGGGUCAGAGAAUGUUGUGUUUCGUUUUAUUUGUAAUCCGGAACAGACGACCAGCCCCAAAAAAAGCUACCCACUCAAGCCAAUCGUGAUUCGAUUAAGUAAUCCCACGAGAGAGAGAAAGAACGACGACAGAAAUCAAAAUUGAUAUUAUUCGUUAUGCGGAACAAAAACGAAAAACCAAACAACCAAAAUCUUUGCUACAAUUAGAAGAAAGAAACUCUAAAGUUUGUUUCGAUAGAUUAGCGUGAGAAAGAAAAAAACAAAAAAAAACAGCAAACUGAAAUCCAGCAAAGCGAAUUUGUAAUUUCAAAAACAGAAAAAAAAAAUUCUCAGCACGAUUAGAAGGACAGUGACAAAAGUAGCUUUAAAUCGAAUAAAAUCCAAAACACACUUGAAAAUACUCUUCCAAUAGUGACUCUCGAACAACAACAACAACAAAAGAAAAACUACACUCACAAACACGUAACAAAUCCAUGACGAUUUUUUCCGAGUCUUCUCUGCCCCCGACACAAAACUGAGACAUCACAAUUAGUCAUACACAACAACAUUACUCAGAAAUGCAACCAGCUUAUAUAAAUAAAAUAAAAACAUAAAUAGUUGUAGAACGAACGAACCUACGACAGCAAACAAAAAAAAAACAAAGGAAGAGAUGUGGAAAAACCAAUAGUCAGUCAGUCCGGAAGAAAGACACUCAAACAAACUCCCUCGCCCAAACACACACACACACGAGAAACAUAAUGAACAAAAAAAAAACGCUGAAAACGUAAGCUCAAAAUAUAUUGUCACACAAAUUAUUAUUAAUAAUAGUAGCGCUUAGAGCAGAAAAAAUGAAAAGUAAAAGAGAAAAUAAAAAAAAAACCAGUGGUAGAAAUGCGAACGAGCAGAACAAGAAGAAAAAAAUCUAAGAGAAAAUCACAAAAAAGUCUAGUUCUAGUGAAAGGUAAUUUUAAAAACUCAAACAACAACAAAAAAAAAACAAACAAACGAGCAAGUCUAAAACUUCUCAUUUUCGCCAAAUUAUUAUUACUAUAAAAAUAUAUUAUAAACUGCUAAUCGUAUUGUUAUGAAAGAAGGAAGGAAGGAAGCAAACAAAAGAAGAAGAAAAAAAGAGAUAGGACGGAAAACUAAAAUCACGUUCAACUUUUCCCAACCAAAACAAGUUCAUCAACAA